AUGGGAAUCUAUAGCUUGACUAGGAUUUUCUGGAGCUUGUACACGACUCAAUCAACAGAGACGCGCAAACCACCUCGGGUUGUCUCCAGUAUACAGAAGUAUAGACCGACAGGCGUUGAUGAGGCAGCAAACAUCAUUCUGACGUUUCCUCGCGAUGGUCAUUCCGGAGGGAAUUUAGUCGGCAUAGCAACUACUAGCUUCCGCAUCCCCAGCGAUAUCGACAACAAAAGGGCCAGUGGACCAGCCGUUCGCAGCCAGAGUACUAAGGGAGAAUUGCAGGUGUGGUCUCCGAUCUAUCGACAGACGCGGAUAAGUUCGUUCUUUCUGAUGGGACUAUCGAAGGACAAGCAUUGGUCACAGCCUGGUCCGGGUCCUGGAAGUAACAGGCACAAUGGGUACCUGGACAAUACAUACCCCGAAAGUGAGGGCUAUGGAAUGUUCUGGGAGGCAGACGAGGAGACUUUGGCUCCGACAGAAGGGCGGAAAGCAGGUCGUUAUGAAGUCUUGGAUGAGUCUACUAUUGUUAUGGAUGUCAUGGACGAAGUUCGAAACCAACAUGAUCUGCACUAUCCCAGCAAUAUCAAGGUCACUCAUUGA